CAAGAAGGUGCGCAAUACCCCCCUCAAGAAGGUGCGCAGUACCCCCCUCAAGAAGGUGCGCAAUACCCCCCUCAAGAAGGUGCGCAAUACCCCCCUCAAGCCUAUCCAGCUGGAGAAACAACAUACCCCAAUUACGCAAAUUACUCAAAUUACCCCAAUUACCCAAAUUACCCCAAUUACCCCAAUUACCCCAUUGGGUCUCAACAGGGACAGUCUCAACAGACAUCAAACACUGUUGUGGUGACGCAGCCUACAGGAAAUGAUUCAGUAGUAACUGUCCCUGCGCCAACAGAUCAUAUGUGUGCGGCCAUAAUUGUCACCUUCUGCUGUUUCUGGCCAACUGGAAUUGUGGCCAUUAUUAAGGCCAUUGACGCAAGAAAUGCCCUGGCUCGUGGAGACCUAGCGUCUGCUGAAGUUGACUCAAGAUCUGCCAGAAGUUUGAUCAUCAUCAGUGUUGUGAUUGGCAUAGUUGCUGUAAUCAUUUUGUUGGUGAUUUUGAUUACAGGAUUGGCGUAGCUAGGAUUUUCGGGCCCCUAUUGCAAAAAUUAUCAAUGGGCCCCUUCGUUAGAAAUCGACUGCAACUUGCGAGGGAGGAGUUUUUCCAAUAAAAUAACUAAUCUGCACAUUAUGUAUUGUACACGUCCUGAUUGAGUAUGUAUACCGUACUGUGUUAUUAUGUACUACCCCGUAACGUAAAGUGUAUUUGAUUUUAUAUCACUAGUAUGUAAAAAGAAGGAAAUUAACUGUAAGCCUGUAAUAUAAAAGUAACUAAACACAGUAAUGUCACAAGGCGGGAGAAGUUCGGUCAAAAGUACGUUCUAUCUAGUUAAGAUAGUUUUAAAAAUAAGGAGCGUGGGGUGACACCCCACCAAAAGCGCUAAAUUAUUGGAGGAAGUGGACGAUGGGGUGACAGCUCCAGUAUACGCACAGGUUAGCACGCGACCUUAUGACGCCAAUAACCAAACACCAUUUUUUAAAAAAAAGUCGAGGCCUGCCUGGCUUAUGGGAGUCCAACUCCUGAGCCGGUAUUCCGUGUCAUUUGAGUUCGACUUAUAGGAAGGCUACUACUAAAUCGACUAAGGUGUCCUAUUGCACCUCGGCAGUCAAAGGUUAGCGCCCUGAGUUACCCAGCGGCUACCUUAAUGCACGGGAUCCGUUGAUUGAAUCAGGUGUAUUACUUUAUUCAACGGCCAUACUGAAACAGGGGCGGCCUUCGACGGCCCUGGCUUAGUAAUGACACUAGACACAAGAGUACCCUACACUACGGAAACGGUUAGCCUCUACAUUCGAUGAUUAAACCGAAACAGGGGUUGCGCCCGGCUACAUACGGUUGUGUAACCGGUCACUUCCGCGUUUCUCCUGACACCAGGGCCGUCGCCGAAAGGUGUUCAACCUCACUCAUACGGAGGAUAAUUAACGUAAACUCAAGGAUUUCAUACAGCACGCCCAAUGUCAUCUGAGCGGUAUUGUGGGUAUUGUGGGGAGCCCAGCAACAAAGAUCCGAGAAAUAUAGCACCUGUGUCGUUUACAUUUUAACUAUCUCAGUUUUAGAAAAUAAAAAUACACAAUUGGUAUCACAUUCAUAAAACCCUUAUAAAUUUUUUGUCACCCUGGUAUAUGGGACUAAGUCGCAGCAACGCUGACGUCUACGCAAGUUCCGUAUCAAAUUCUUUAACAUUCCGUGGUGAUCGGGAACAAAUUGUAGAUAUGCCUUUUGGGUCAGUAACUUGGCCAUUCUUAGUAUCGAACAUACAGAAGCAGCUUAAAUGGAUCUCAAAGAACGUAUUAAUUUUUUUGCAAAAUUAAAAACAUGAAAAAACAAAUCUAAAUAAAAUCAUACAUUGCUACUAACCUCAACUGACAGAAAAAAUUUGAAAGUUUUCGCCGUUUUACACCUCCCUACUUUAUCAUACCUAUACGGAGAAAAAAGAAUGCGUUGUAAUUGUACACAAUCUAAAUCGAGAUUUUUGACAAAGUUUGAUGUUUUCAACCUUUUGGAGUCGGAAAAACUUAGUUUUGCAAUGCCGCCCCUCUCUCUCUUUGUGUGUAUGUUUGUUUGUCUGUGUGAGUAUGUGUGUGUGUGUGUGUGUGUCUGUGUGUGUGUGUAAUUGUAAACACGAUAUUUUAAGUACCGUUUAAUUUAAGUUGACGAUAUUUCAUAUGUAAUUAUUAUUUUAAAUUUCUAGGUUUUUUUUCCAACAACUUUUGGACGUUUUACAUUAACCGAAAGUGGCAGGCUACUAACUAUACUUUCUCAAAUGUCAAUAACUAGAGCAUUGUUUAAGUUAGGUGGACGCAAUAUCGUAUGUAAAUAUUACAAUGUAUGCGCAGAUUUCUUUCAACUUUUGAACGAUUUCCUGUAACUGGAGCUGGUACUUAUAUCAGCGUAAACACAAUAACUUGAGCACUAGUUUCAGUUAAGUAGACAAAAUUUCACCUAUAAGAAUAAGACUCAAUUUUAAUUUUGAGUGACUUCCGAUAAAAUGAAGUGUUACUUUAUUUUUAUCUGGUUUCUAAAAUAUCGAUAAUUUGAGAAACCUUUCAAUUUGGUGAGCGCAAUAAUUUGUAUACAUAAGUAAAAAAUAUCUUAUUCUCUUGAUUUUGAAAUUUUUUGGUGAUUAUUGAAGACCGGAAGUAGUACUUGACGCUAUUUCCUAUUUCUCUAAAAAAAAGUUUACUUCUACCGGAUCCAUUUGUUUCAAAUUUUUCACGCAGGUAAAGACUCGAUGACAAUGCACUUUGACAUCAAAUGUGACUUAAUUAGAUGUUUAAUUAACUUUACAAAAAUAAAUUGAUGUUUCCUUUAUAAACGUGAGCGGGUGAAUGGAUGAUUUAUUUUCUAUUAUAUUUUUGUGUGCGAAUCUAUGCGUGAAUGGUCAACUGGAAAGCGGCUACGGGGGUUCCCCUUCCGGCCAAAGCGGGUAUACAAACCGACUGACCGCUCGGAUAUUUUUUUCUUUUGACCCGAGUCGAGAAUGUAGAUCUGGUCACUUUCUAUGUGGGCGCUUGGCGCACCUCUUGCGAGGAGUGAGGUUGCUUUGCAACUUGGCUGGGUGUUUUGUAUGUAUUGUUUUGUUGUUGUUUUGUCUAUAUGACGUGUGAUUGGUGCGGAUAUUAGAUGGCGUUUCGGUUGCCGUAAGGGAUAGGAUGGUUGUCUGUGUGUUCAGAGCCUAGACUAUCCGAGGCAUCGAAGCUACAUAAUAUUCCAUCGAGCGUUGUGUGUUUUGUUUGUUUAGUGUUUG